AAAAAAACAAAAAGGAAGAGAUUCCAAACUUCUUCUAGUGAAGCUGUAAGAGUAUAUGACAUCUAAUCGUCGACGAAACACAAGUUCUUCUGUACAAGCAGCUGAAAACUUUCCAACCGAAACAUCAGCACGGGUAAAAUAUUUUAUCUUAAUUUAUUUAAAUAUAGUUUUUUAUAAUUACGUGAAUAUAUAAUAAUUUGUUCUAAAAAAUAUUGUAGAAUGGAGCCAAUUUCAAAUGGACUCCUAGCAGUCUUUUUAGAUUACUUGAGUUAUAUGAUCAAGCAGCUGCGAUGAAUAAUUAUCGUAUAGAAGAUCCCACUCCUUUUGCAAAACAGUUUAUGGUUGAAAAGUUUAACCAGGAGUUCGAUUUAGAAAUAAAUUAUAAGUUUUUCAAAGAAAAACUUGAUAAUAUGAAAAAAAAAAUACAAGAAGUAUCGAGAGCUUAUGGGAUCAACUGGUAUCACGGUUGAUCCUAUUACAUCCGUGAUUAAUGCAUCUGAGUCAUGGUGGAAAGAUCGUGAAGUAUGUAAGAUUGUACAUGCAUUUAGACGAAAGCCGCCACAAGGGUGGGAAAUCAUGGAACGUUGCUUCCAAUUAUAUAAUGUUCAAUCCCAAGCUCAAUACUCUGUCAACCAAAGAAGAGAAGAAAUGAUGAAUGAAGGCACAACUAAUAAUGAAGAUCGGCUGUACCGAGAAACAUACGAUGGUGAAAUGUCUGAUAGUCAAGAUGCAGAGAUACAAGAAAAUGAAGAAGUGUAUCGCGUUAACAUUACCGAUGAAACGCGUCCUUCAAAUGAGUUUAUUCAGGCACAUAGGCGUCAUAGUUCUGUGACGGUUGAUCCGAUUCAAAUUCCUAGUUCCAGAGUUCAACAACGAGGACAAGGAAGACGAGGAAGUAUGUUACAAAGAUCUGCAAGAAAUUCUGGAGUCGUACAUGGGAGUGGUUCACGAGGAAGUAAAAAGAAGCAGUCAUUUGAGACCACCCUAACCGAUACAAUGACCGGAUUUAGGGAGUUCCAACGUCAAAGUUUACAACAAUUACGCCCAAAUUCAUUCGACCAAGAUGAUUACGACGGCUUUGAUGAGGCUGCAAAGAUAUUGGAAUCAAUGGAGCUUCCAAGUGAUACAAAAUUUUAUUGGGCGUGCGUUGACGAAUUAGGAGGAGACCCAUUCUAUCGUAAGUAUUUCAUUGAUAGAGCUGAAAAACCUUUUGAAGAAAAGAUAAAUUUCUUACAAGCUUUAACUGGAUAUACACGUUAUGAUGAGUUUGUGGGAAAGCGGUUAACGUCGAGAAGAAAUUUUGGGAGUCCAAGUGCAAGUGGUUUUCAUUCAGGUAGUCCAUCUUCUGGUGGUAAUAAUUCAUGGGGGCAGACUUCAAAUGUCCAAUGGGGUCAACAACCACGUCCUCAACAAUGGGGUACACCACCAAGUGCUCAGCAAUGGGGUACACCACCAAAUGCUCAGCAAUGGGGUCAACAACCACGUCCUCAACAAUGGGGUACACCACCAAGUGUACAACAAUGGGAAACACAACCAAAUAGUCACCAGUGGGGUACAUCACCAAAUGUUUCACAAUGGGGAGCGUAUCAAAAUACACAACAAUUGAAUUCACCUACACAGUGGGGUUCAUCAUCAAAUGAUCAACAAUGGGGAUCAUCAUCAAAUAUUUCACAAUGGCCUCCUCAAACAAAUGUUCAGCAUGGAUUCUCAUUAGAAACUCAAACUGAAACUCAAACUGAAACCACAACACCAAGGCCAAUACCACGAACACGUAAAUCUGGAGGAUUAUUCAACAUUUGGGGAACCCAUCAGGGGCCAAAUUUAAAUGAAACUCACCAAAAUGAUUCUGACGAUGAAGCAUAAUAUCUCUAGUUCUUUGCUAUUAAUAAUGUUGCAUUGUUUUUAUUUAUGUUUCUGUAUUAUCUUUUACUUACUAUGUGUAAUUGAAUCAUGUCUUUCAGUUUCUUAUCAAUUCUUUGUUUUCAUCAAAUACAGGCUUUUCGUAUAUGUCAAUUGCGGUCACAAGGAAUUCAAUUUUUAAGUUACGAAGAGAGAACUGAGUUAUGGAAUCUGGAGAAUGCACAAUUUGAAGAGUUAAUAAUUCAACCAGCAUUGAGUUAUUACAAUCGAUAUUUUGAAAGAGGACAAGUACAAACAGAUGGUGGAUUGGGGUGGAGAAAUAUUUGGCAUCGAUUACAAGAAGAUCAUGCUGCUUGUCUUCAGUUACUACGGAUGUCACUUGAUUGUUUCAGAACAUUGUGUCACCAACUAGAAACAACUUAUGGAUUAAAACCAACACUGAAUGUAGGCAUUGAAGAGAGUGUUGCAAUGUUUUUACGGAUAUGUGGACACAACGAAGUCCAACGAGAUGUUGGUCUAAGAUUUGGGAGAAAUCAAGAAACCGUAAAGAGAAAAUUUUAUGAAGUGCUUAGAGCGACUGAGUUACUUGCUUGUGAUUAUAUCAAAACACCAACAAGGCAAGAACUACACAGGAUUCCGGACAGGCUAAUGGAUGGAAAAUAUUGGCCAUUUUUUAGUGGGUUUGUUGGAGCAAUGGAUGGUGUUCAUGUGUGUGUUAAGGUCACUCCUGAUUUACAAG